UCUGGGAUCCCCAUGGUAUAGAAUGUGUACCUCCUAGUCAAAACGAGGUUCACGUAUCAGUAACCCGGCUGAAAAACAUUAAGGCAGCAGAAGCGAUGGGUGCAGGCUGAACUGUUUAAGACAGGAGGCGAAGAACUCAUAUCCGAUCAUUGGAACUUCAGCAUACUAUCCCGUACACAAGAAACGGGACAAGAUGGUAUGUGCCAAGUACAGAGGGAUAAGUCUCCUCCCCAUCGCAUACAAGAUACUAUCGAGCGUAUUUUGUGAAAGAUUAAAGUCUAAUGUCAACGAAAUAAUUGGGUCCUAUAAGUGUGGCUUUAGACCUGGCACGGAUUUUGAAGACUGCAUAGCACAACAACUGCUCUGCAUGCCAUCACCACAUACAUUUGCCGUGACUUUAAUCAGCCCAGGCCAUGUGAUAGGACGUGACACUCGACCUAUCGAAGGCAUUCGACACGGUCAACCAUGCCAAACUCUUUGAGGACAUCGCCAAUACGUCCCUCCAGGUAGUCCCGAAACACUGGUUCGCGAAUUAUCUGUGUAGUCGCCAGUCAUUUGUGGAAUUUAGGGAUAAGAAGUCGAAACACCGUAGAGUGAAGCAGGGAGUUCCCCAAGGCGGGGUGAUAUCUCUUGCACUGUUUAACCUCUACCUAUCCUCAAUUCCACUGUCUCCAGACGGCAUAGAGACCGUAUCAUAUGCGGGCGAUUGUAGGAUCAUGGCAUCAGGCCCCCCACCCCUUAAUGCCAUCUGCAAUAGUUAAACAUCUACCUCAACGGACUUGCUUCUUAUUUCGCUGCAAGAAAUUUGAAGAUAUCUGCCACCAAAUCUUAAGGCACAUUGUUCACUAUAUAUACGCAUCAGGUGCGUAGAGAGCUGAAAGUGAUGGUCGACGGAGUGACAAUUCCGACCAUCAAGUGUCCCAAAAAAUAGUGUCACAUUUGACAGCUCUUAAAAAUUCUCCUCACAUGCCACAGUAAUUUGCGAUAAACUCAAAAGUAGAAACAAGGUCCUCAAUACACUUACCGGCAGCACUUGGGCUGCUGACAAAGAAACCUUGUGUGUCCAGUGUCUCCCGUCAGAUUUGUUACACGCAGUGGAAUAAUAUACAGAUCUGUCAGAAUGAGUCAGAAUGACGCCCUUCGAACUGCAAUGGCUGUCUCCUCAGUUCUCACGAAGACAGAACUACAUCCUGUCUAAGCAAUACCUACUGGGCUGUUAUCGCAGAGACCUUCCAAACCAUCAUCUUGUGGAUAGGUAUUCACCGCCCAGAAGCCUUAAGGUAGAUUUACAUGAUCUAGAGCAUGAGGUCCAGCGCUACAAGAGAGAACGUCUAGAUCAAGCGGGCCUAGACAACAUUCGUGUAGACAUGGUAGCAGAUGCGGUGAAUAGCUACCGGGUGAAUGUGUUCCUUUGAGAACGACCGCCUCCUAUUGCAACUGAAGAAAUUGACCUCCCCCGGCAAACCAGAGUAGUUCUGGAUGAAUAACGAUCCAGCAAAUGCAGCCGCCUCAUUUCCUACAAAGUAAGAAUUGUUGCCAACGUGCAGGAUGUAUGUCCCGAUUGCGACCAGGGACCACGCGUCACCUCUUUAACUACUCAGCCAGACCCAGAUCCCUCUGGAUGCAUCCCAUCUUAGUCACAAAGUUCCUGGAUCUUGACACUCAACAGAAUCAAGCAGACGAAAGAAAAUGGAGAUAGUUGGGAACUACAACUUUGAGGUAGUUAGCCACUUUAUCUACCUCGGCACCGCCGUUACCGAAACAAACACCAGUUUUGAAAUAAACUGAAGGAUAAUAUUGGCUAACAGAUGGUAUUUUGGUCUGAGCAAGCAGAUGAGGAACAAAGCUACCUCUCGGCUACGGCUUCGAAGCAUGGGUACUUGCGAAGGCAGAUGACGUAGUACGUGAAGGGUUUGAGAGAAAAAUCCUUCGUAAAAUAUAUAGACCAGUUUGCAUUAACGGAGAAUUUAGCCGUCGUAUGAACCACGAGUUGUAUGACGACGAUAGCAUAGUGAAACCCAUCAAAAUACAACAUGAGUUGACUAGGUCAUGCUGUCAGAAUGGAUGAAGAAUCUUCAGCAAAGAAUUCUUUUGAAGGCGACCAUAGAAGAAAACGUAAACGGGGAUGACCCAAACUCCGAUGGAGUGACCAAGUGGAGAGGAAUAUCUGUAAACUGGGUGUCGGAAAUUGGGGAGAAGCGCAGAAUACGAGGCGCUUGAGCAUCUAUUCUACGUUCGGUUGAAGAAAUAAAUUUUCUGUAAUGGCCAUUUAACGUAAAAAACACUCAACAAUUUUCACAAUAAUUUGCUGGAAACUAAAAACACAUAGGAAAGGCAUUAGAAAAACACAUAUAUAAACAAAAAAACGAACAUACUACAGAACUGACAAAUUUUAUAAUAUGCCCAUAAAAAAUUUCCUUAAUCCGUUUCAACCGAUACCACUGUAUAUCGUUCUGUUCCUAUCGAUAUGCUAUUUCAGUGUUCAGUUGUUGUUAAGUCAUCUCACGCGUGCUCUCACCCUGCUUAUGGCCUCCUAUCACAUGCUGUGCAAUAUCCUUGCGUUGGCGGGCAGUAUAAUAACAAUAAGGCACAAUGAGUUACACAGCCGCAAUGAAGAAAAACGCUACUACGAAAUGGAGCUGCAAAAACAAAUUUUGCCUACAACGGAUGAUGACAGCAAACUAGCAACUACCUGCGCCCUCACAACCACUAUCGCUCAAGAAGGUGAGGCCCGAUUGACUACUGAGAGAAAAAGGGGCGAAAUGGACACCAGAAAUACAUUUGGUUGGGCUCGCCUUGAAAUUCUUACCAUGCUGAUAGUUUGCAUUACCUUGGCGUCUCUCUCGUUUUCACUGCUGGUAGAGGCUUUGCAGACGUUGGUACACAUUGACCAUCAAGAUUCCAUGCAUUUGCCCAUACAUGUAAUGAUCGUGGGAGUUGUUGGUUUAUUGCUAAAUGGCCUCACAUACAUUCUAAUUGGUGGAUAUACCUUGCACCAAGGAAAUUUUUUGCACAUCAAUCCCUUGGGUAAUGUCGUGGUGGAAUCAUCAGGUAUUGCUAUAGAAAGUAAUGGAUUGUCAGAGGCUAGUGUAAACAGUGAUCAUCAAUUGAAGGAGGAUUUGAGAGCUGAAUUGAGCAAAGUUCAUGAUCAUACCCGAAGAGAGGGACCAGCGGAAUUCCUAAGAGAUGUUUCAAGUACAAUAUUUGUGAUUGUAUGUGCUGUAAUUGUUCAUUUUGCCAAGGACAAAGAGCAUACGGCAAAAUUCAUUGAUCCAGUACUUUCGAUAUUUUCCUGUGUGUUGGUGAUGACCUUGAGUUAUCCAUAUAUGAAAGAAGCCUGUAUGAUCUUACUACAGACAAUUCCCGGCAGUUUUGAUAUGGACAACUUUGAGAGAAAUCUUUUGACUAAAUUCCCCCAAAUUGUCAGCUAUCAUGAUCUUCAUAUAUGGCAAUUAUCUUCACACAGUUACAUCGCUACAAUACACAUAGUUUUUAGAAGUCAUAAAUUCUAUGAGAAGACUAUCGUAGAUUUGCGUUCUUAUUUUCAUGAUCAUAGAAUAGCCUAUAUUACCAUACAGCCUGAAUUUCAGACAGAAGGUAUAGAAGGUGGAACCACUGCAUCAACAGAAUGUCUAAUACAAUGUCAGAAUCCUGAUUGCGCAGAUAAAGUAUGUUGCAAAGAUUCACUACCCGAUUUACGUGAGAUUAGUGUAACACCAAAUUGUGAUACGGCCCAUGACAAUUGUGAUGGUCAUGGCCAUGCUCAUGGUCAUAGCCAUAAACAUAAAUAUCAAUGUCAUAAACAUGGUAAGCGAGGAAAAUGUAAAAAAUCCUUAAACGAUAUCAGCUAUACAGAUGUUACCAAUCAAGUAAAAACAAAAAUGCCCGAAGAAACAGAACCAACGACUCAACAAAGGGCAACAGCAAACGUGAAAGUUCCUGUAGAUGAUAUAAGAGAGUUUAAAGCAGAAAUAAAACUUGAAGGGGGAAACCAGAAUGAGAAUGCAGAGGAACCUGCAAAUGGCAAAAAAUCAUUACAAAAUCCAAAUACUAGAACUAAGACUGAAGCUUCCAUUAAUAGUGAUGCCAUAAAGGCCAGUGAAACUACAGAUUUAUCCAGAACUUACUGCAAUGAAGACAAUGAUUUCGAAGCCAGUUGUACAAAAUGUUGAUAACUGGAAAGCACACACACGCAUUCAAAUACUCUGUGGAAUUUAUCGUUUGAUAUAGAAUUUCACCGUAGUUGUAACUGCAUAACAGGGAUUUUCUAGUUUUUCCAUAAAAAGAAUAUAA